AUGCCAUCCUCACUGGUCUUGACCAGACUUCUUACAAAACCAUUAUCGAUGCAAUUCAUGCCUGAGACAGCUCCAUCUCCUUUCAUGAAUUACAUGAAAAACUCAUCAACCAUGAAUUGUCACUGGUACAAACAUCUGCUGGCUCCAAUCUUCAUCAACCAGCCACUGCCUUUGCAGCCAACAAACGCCCACCACCCAAGCAAUGGCACACUCGCCCUCCCCAUAAUCCAUCUGGACUGUUACCAACGCCCUCCCCGAACAGCAAUCCCCCCCACAACUUCCUUGAAUAAAUUCCCACAAAUUAAUUUGCCACCACUAUCCCGCCCAUCCUCCAACCACACUCCACAGGUUAACCUGAUGCACCUCCCAACCUCUCAAUCCUCCGACUGGCUCUUUGACAGUGGCGCCUCCCACCAUAUCACCAACGACCUUAAUGCUUUAUCCCUCCACUCACCUUAUGACGGUACCGAUGACUUGGUCAUUGGCGAUGGUUCGUGUCUCACAAUCGCUCAUGUUGGCUCGUUAUUAAUCCCUAUCUCUAAUACUAAAUUUCAUCUUACUAAUGUUCUUUGUGUUCUGCAUAUUUCCCGUAACAUUAUCUCUAUCUCCCGUUUAUGUCUUGAUAAUCAUAUACUAAUCCAGUUCUAUUCUUUUCAUUUCUUUAUCAAGAACUUCAAAAUUCAACAAACCCUGCUACACGGGAUAGCCAGUCGUGGAAUAUAUGAGCUGCGUUCCAACUCUCACCCUUUCGCUUUCAACUCGCACAAGUCAGCACCUUGGCAUCAUUGGCUUGGGCAUCCCCACUUUCACAUCAUUCAACUUUUAUCUUCUUAUGGUCCUGCUAUUAGUUCUAUAAAAGACCAUUGUAAUUCAUGCAGUAUCAAUAAAAUUCACAAGCUUCCAUUUCAUACUACAUCUAUUACAUCAUCCUCUCCUUUAGAACUCAUUUUCUCCGAUUUUUGGUCCUCACCUGUUGAAUCUAUCGAUGGCUUCAAAUACUACAUUAUAUUUGUUGACCAUUACACCAAAUACACAUGGUUAUACCCUUUAAAACACAAAUCAGAUUCACUUAUCACCGUCACACACUUUCAAAGACUUGUUGAAACUUAUUUUCAAACCAAAAUCAAUUCUUUUUUUUUUUCCGACAAUGGUGGUGAAUAUAUUAAACUCGCGUCUCACUUUGCCUAUUAUGGAAUCACACACCUCACUUUUAUAUCUAUUAUAUUUUCUUCGUCCUUCGUUCUAUCUCUGUCCAUAUAUUCCCCGAGUUCACCUCCUAUUCCAUUCUUCUCCUUUUCUCUUUUUCUUUCAUUCAUCCUCCACUUCUGUUUCCCUACGUCAUUGCUUCUUUCUGUCCUAGAGAACUCAAGACGAUGGUUCCUCCUCUGUUGGUGGCCUCGCAGGUCUCGACGUCUUACAACCUUUUCUGAUCUUCCCCAGUAUGUCGAUUGCGGUGACUGUAGUUGCGUUUAUGAGUUCUGGGGUGCAUAUUUCUGCCGGGUGAUGUUUGAAGAAACAAUUUCGGGAGUUCUCUGGUCGUUUGGUUUUGAACGACCAAGAACAAAACUCAAGAACAAGAUUGGGGAUUUAAAUGUCAGGCAAAAAUAUUUCAUUGCUCUAUGA